CUGGGCAAGUCCUCGGGCUGGGGCCUGUGAGUUACUAGAGGCUCCGUCCCACGCGCUCCCUCCCGCCGCCCGGUUCUCACCUCGCCAUGAUUCGUCUUCCUUUGCAGUGUCUCCUCUGGGGCUUCUUGUUGACCGCUGUCCACCCAGAACCACCCACUGAAUGCAGAGAAAAUCAAUACCUAAUAAACAGUCAGUGCUGUAAUUUGUGCCCACCAGGAGAGAAACUGGUGAAUGAGUGCACGGAGACUGCCAACACAAAAUGUUUUCCUUGUAGUGAAGGCGAAUUCCUAGGCACCUGGAACAACGAGAGACACUGUCAUCAGCACAAAUACUGUGACCCCAACCUAGGGCUCCUGGUCCAGACAAAUGGCACCUCGAAAACAGACACGACUUGCAUGUGUGGUAAAGGCCAAUACUGUACCAGCGAUGCCUGUGAACGCUGCAUCCCGCACAGAUUGUGCCCCCCUGGCUUUGAGGUCCAGCAGAUCGCUACAGGGGUUUCUGAUACAAUCUGCAAACCUUGCCCAGUUGGCUUCUUCUCCAACGUGUCAUCUGCUUUUGAAAAGUGUCACCGUUGGACAAGCUGUGAGUCUAAGAACCUGGUGGAGUUACAAGCAGGGACUAACAAGACGGAUGCUGUCUGUGGUUUCCAGGAUCGGAUGAGAGCCCUGGUGCUGAUCCCCAUCAUUAUGGGGAUCCUGACUAUUGUCCUGUUGGUGCCUGUCUGUAUCAGAAAGAUGACCAAGGAGCCAGAAAAUAAGGCCUACCACUUUAAAAACCAACGGCAGGUUCCCGUGGAGACGAUCGAUAUAGAUUUUCCUGGCCCCCACUCCACCGCACCGGUGCAGGAGACCUUGCAUGGGUGCCAGCCGGUCACGCAGGAGGAUGGCAAAGAGAGCCGCAUCUCAGUGCAGGAGAGACAGUGAGGCUGUGCGUGCCCAGGAGCGUGGCAGCAUGGACAAAUGUACACGUGGCCGGGGAGCCUGGAGCUGUUGCUUUGCUGUGACCAGGAGGGGCCGGUGCUUGGCACAGCCCCACUCUGCCUGUACCCCUGUGGCUCAGAAACACUUCACCUCGGGGGAACAUCCCACUCCAGCCUGGAGCCCAUUCGAUUUCCCAACUUGCUUUUAAAGAUGGAGGCAAAACUUUGGGGGAGGCGCAUCUAAUAAUAUUAUCAAACUCUCCAACGCAGCAGUUUAGUGCCUGGAGAUGUAUCAUGGUGGUUUUGAUGAGCAUCUGCACAAAUACCCAUUGCAGAAUUGUUUGUGACAGAGAACAACUGGAAGCCACUUAACUGUCCACCAACAGAGGACUGGCUAAAUAAAAUUGUAACAUAUUUAUGUAACAGGA